AUGGAUCAAGCACUGCAAACCGCACUCAGCACCGGCUUAUCCUCGGUCUCUGGGUUCCAUUCCAACAAGCCCAAGGGCGUUGACCCAGAGUUGGCCGGCAAAAAUGUGCUGCCUCAAAGCUUCUGUCCAACUGCCAAAGACCGCCUGUCAUUUCCCGCAGUCAAUGGCCCCGUCAGGGCCUCUUACCUUUCCAUUGGCGGCUGGCCAUGGGGGGACAAGCCGACAUGGCAUUAUGACGAGAGCGAAUGGAUUGAAAUCCAGGAGGCAUGGCAGAUUCUCUAUGACGCGGGCAUCAACUUCAUCGACACCACGGAGGCGUACGGAAACGGCGAAAACGAAGUUUUCAGCACGCCCAUGAAAGCGGAGAACUUCAUCCACCCCAUCGACGCACCCGUGACGAGCUUGAAGGCCAGCUUGGAGCGCCUGCGCCUCGACUUUGUCGACAUUUACCUCGUUCAUGGACCUAUCCAUCCUCAGAGCUUCUCGAACGUUGCUGAAGGAAUGGCGAAUGAGGACGUCUUCAAAAUCCGAGACGAGCUGAAGAAGCACAACGUGCCUUUGGCUACGAAUCAGUGCGAGUUCAGCGUGCUUCGUCGUUACCUCGAGAUAACCGGUGGCAUUAGAAAGUGCCAGGCGAGCGACAUCGUUUUCCAAUCGUACUCUUCCCUCGGGCAAGGGCGCUUGUCUGGGAAAUACACACCUGAGAACCCACCGCCUAAGGAGUACCGCUUCAGCAGUUACGAUAUGAAGGAUAUUGAGCCGACCAUCGCCACCUUACGAGAGAUCGCAGAGAAGCGAGGAAAGAGCCCGGCUUCUGUUGCUCUCAACUACAACAUCGGCAAAGGCGCUGUUCCAGUCGUCGGCAUCCGUAGAGCUGAGCAGGCAAGAGAGGCUAUUGAAGCGCUUGGUUGGAGAUUGAGCGAGGAGGAGGUAAUCGCUAUUGAUAAGGUCAGCGUCGAAGGCCAGACCACGUCACUCUGGCAGCAGGGAUAA